AGGGAAAAGGAACAGAACAAACAAAACCUAAGUUUUGAUUUUAUGCUGGACUUCCUAAUAUAGCAAUUUCCACUUGCAGGAGUGGGUUGCAACAGCUACUGUAGAAGUCACUGCUUUACCCACAGAAGUUGUUGGUAAGAACCUUAAUCUGGAGUUUGGAAUCUGAGCUUUCAUUGGUUUAAAAAGAGGUCCUGGAGUCGUCCGAUCGCCAUUUUGCAACCUUCCCAGCCAAUUUCUGACAAAGUCAAUGGGAGAGACCUGCUUUGAUUAUCAACUGUGUAAUUUAUUUAACAACUGCAAUGAUUUUCUUAAGAACCCUGGCAAACGAGGUUGUUAAAAUCAGGUGAACUCACUCAACAACCACCUUACUUAUCAACAGAAAUUCUGGUCCCACUUGUGAUGUAUAAGUCAAGGACUACUUGUAGUAAGGAUUGAAAAACCCAAGGACUUUAAAAUGGCGCUUUCUGUUUUUUCCAUUAUUACAUACUACUUGCCAACUGCUCAUAAUAUAUAUCCCAAUGUCCUCAUGUUCCUUUAAUUCUUGCAGUAAACAUGCCCACAUACAUAUGGAACAUACGUUCCAUGCACAUGCUUCAGAAUUUGAUAUGCCGAAACAAAUAGAUCAGCCAGUUUUACUGACAGUCCUAGCAUAUUCCUGGUCCUGCACAGAUCAGUUUACUCUGGUUGUAUGCUUUCCAUUGUAGUUAUUUGUAGCUUUAGGGUGGAGCUCUAUACUUUGGGCUCUGUCCCCCCUUUCCCUAUAUAUUGCAUGUGAGUGUGUUGGUUUUCUUUUCUAGUGUUCCUAGCACAAAUCAGUCACAGAGUAAGAAAUUCUACCUACUCUGGUGUCUUAGAGAAUUUAGAGAGAGAAAGAAAAAAUAAGAAUAUGCUCCCUUAUGUAUGCCUCUUCAGUUUCCUGGAAUAGAAAAGCUGUUCUCUCCCAAGUUUUGGAAAAGAUCCAGGGGUACAGCUGUGGCAGCUGUCGGGGCGUGGAGGGAUCAAGAAUCUGCUGGGACAGCACGUAAAGAUCAAUGCUAUGCCUGUCUGGGACACGGAGUGGGAAAGGUAACAGCUUCCUCUUAGUAUGUCCCAGCUACAGGACUGUGCAAUGCUCAGAGCUUGCUAGCAUCAGUGGCUCGGUAACAAAGGGUUAACUAGUCCUCUCCCCCCCACCAAAAAAAAAAAAAACACCACUCCUGAAGUUUGACAUUCCCCAGCAAGGAGGAAUUUUCCAGGCCUAAAUUCAUCUCCUACCAGCAACAGCCCUUUUUCCAAGUUUGGAAGAUUGGAAAUCGCAACAGCAUGAAAGAGAAAGCAGAACCGAACAAGGAAGACGGGAAAGGUGACACUAUGUCUGUGAUAUAUAGCGAGGUGGCUGCCGAUGAGCCAACUACCAACAGCUUCUGGAUGCCCAAUCACUACCAGAGCACAGUCAAACGUCUGGAUGAUGGGUACCGUGUCUGUGACCAGAUUGUAGCUUGUUUCCAGGAACGGGCAAAGAUUGAACGUAACUAUGCUUUGAUGAUGGAUGAAUGGACUCGCAAAUGGCAGCCCCUUGUUGAUGCAAGUCCAGCAUAUGGUUCCCUACUCCGGGCAUGGCAAGCUUUCCUGGGGGCUUCUGAGCGGUUAAGCAGACUACACAUGGAGAUGCAAAGGGCUUUGGUCUCUGAGGAUGCUGGGCGUAUCCGAUCCUGGCAGCACGACUCCUAUCACCGCAAGCUCUUUGGUGGCUUCAAGGAGGCUUGUGAGCUAGAAAAUGGUUUCCAGCGAGCUCAGAAACCCUGGACUAAAAAGCUCAAGAAGACAGAGAAGGCCAAAACUCUUUAUCACAAGGCCUGUCGCAAAGAGCAUAUCGCAACACUGCGGGAGAGUGGAAUUCAGGCAGCAUCGGGGACUGAAAUAUCUCCAGAUCGGCAACGUGCUUUGCGGGAAGAACAUCAGCGUUGUAGCCAAGAAACCAACAAGAUCCGUGAACGUUAUGAGAAGGCCCUACAGGAGCUCGACCGUAGCAGCCCUCGCUACAUGGAAGAAAUGGAGUCUGUGUUUGAGCAGGGGCAGGUUCUGGAGCAGAGACGGAUUGUCUUCCUCAAAAGUGCCUUCCUUGCCCUGCAUCGGCGUCUGGAUAUGACUGCAGAUUCCAGUGUCCAAGCUGUUUAUAGUGACUUGCAUCAGGCCAUUGAGGAGAUAAAUGACCAAGAGGAUCUUAAGUGGUGGCGUAACCGAAAUGGCCCAGGAAUGCCCAUGAACUGGCCAAAAUUUGAGCCCAAAUUCAGAUUUCACGUUUUCUUCCUCUCCUCUCCUGCUACCCAGGAUUGGAGUCCUGAUCAUGAGCGGCCACAAGUGAAGAUCAAGAAAACUAAAGAACCAGAGAAAGUGACUCCCUGCAGCAUCUCCCCCUCCCAGAGCUGUCCCAAGCCAGCACCUGCACCAAUAGCAGGUCAGCGGGUUCGUGCCGUGUACGAUUAUAUUGGCCAGGAAGCAGAUGAGCUAAGUUUCAAGGCAGGAGAGCUUCUCACCAAAUUGGAAGAUGAGGAUGAACAAGGCUGGUGCAAAGGAGUGACUGACAGUGGACAUGUGGGCCUCUACCCUGCCAACUACGUGGAACUCUUACAGGAGGUUGAAAGCACCCUGCCCUGAAGGGCUGGUCAAACUUCACAAGAAGCACAACAAGAAAGAUGUCCCACAAUCCCACAAAUUCUCUUUAGUCAUAUCUUAAUCCAAAGAUCUGCAACACGUGAGAUGGAUAUACAUUUGAAAAUGGCCCUCACAUGGCAAGUUAGUGAAGUAUGGGAAGUUUGUAGGACCCAACCACACCGUUCUUUCAACACAUCCCUGGAUGACUGAUAUUUGGGGAAGAAAAACUAUUCAAAGACAACUGCACUCCACCUAUAGAAGUACAGUCCAUCCAUCAAAGUGUGAAAACUGAGAAAUAAAAUGAAUUUGUGAACAUCUGUGGGUUGUUUUCUAAAAUUGAUACUUUAGUAGCUGUGGAUUUUGGAAAAUAAAGAAAUAAAUAAGCAUGACAGCCA